AUGAGGCAUAAGUUUGACUCGAUAUUCAGUGAACCUGAGAGCAACAGGCGAGGGAAUGAAAUCGUCAAAGACAUGACCAAGAGUAAGGGGCUCAAUAGCCGCGGAGCUUUCAAGGUUGGUAUAACAUACAACAGUAUCUUAGAUGAUCGAGAAAAUGAAGAAGAACUGUCUGAAGGCGACAGUGGAGUGAGUUUCUUCACGGCUAAGGACAGCGGGAUCGAUGCUACAGCUGCUUCUCUCGAUAACACUCAGCCGAGCAGCUUUCUAUGCGAUAAUGAUGAAAUAGAAACUUCUUCGACUCUGGGCUAUAGACAGAAGAAACGGCGGGUGGUUAAGAAGAAGAGUGCUCAAGAAGGCUGUUUGGGAAUCGACGUGCUGCCUGAUUCAUUUCAAACGGCCUUCUCGUUUCGACAGUUCAAUCGGAUGCAAACAGAAGCCUUCCCAAUUAUCUACAAAGGAGAGGAAAAUUGCGUGAUAUCCUCCCCAACUGGGUCAGGCAAGACAGUAUUAUUUGAGCUGGCUAUUAUGCGACUCAUUAAGGAUAUGAAUGGCGCAACAGAAAAUGUAAAGAUCCUCUACAUUGCUCCAACAAAAUCCCUGUGCUGUGAAAAAUUCAAAAACUGGAGCCCAAAGUUUUUAGGUCUCUCAGUCGGAAUGCUAACUAGUGACACUUCUUUUUUGGAAACACAGAAGAUUAAGAAAUGCAAUAUAAUAAUAACAACUCCAGAAAAAUGGGACUUGCUAACGAGAAAAUGGAAGGAUUACGGUCGUUUGUUUGAGCUUAUUAAGUUGAUUUUGGUUGAUGAGGUUCAUAUUUUAAGAGAAAGGCGAGGCGCAACUUUGGAAGUUGUCCUUACGAGGAUGAAUAUAUUCUGCGAUAAAAUUCGUAUCAUAGCUGUUAGUGCAACCAUACCCAAUGUAGAGGACAUUGCUCAGUGGUUAGGGUCGAGGUGUCAUGGCAAGUACGCUGAGGUACUGGCGUUCGACGACACAUACAGGCAGGUGACGUUGGAGAAGCAUGUAUACGGCUAUUCAUUCCACGGUACGAAUGAGUUUCAGCAUGAUUCUCUAUACAAUUUGAAGCUUGAUGAGAUUCUGGUCAAACACAGCAAAGAGCGUGCCGUUAUGAUUUUCUGCCCAACAAGAGCCUCCACUGUUUCCACUGCAAAAUAUAUUGCUAAACAUUGCCCGAGUUCUAUUGCUGGCCAAAGAAGAAAUCAAAGCUAUCGAGUUGAUGACCAGAACCUAGCGUGCUUGGUUAAUCAAGGCAUUGCAUUUCACCACGCUGGCCUAUCCAUGGCAGAUAGGGAAUUUGUGGAGCAAGGAUUUCUAAACGGAGUGAUCAAGGUCCUUUGCUCUACCUCCACGUUGGCGGUUGGAGUUAAUUUACCAGCCUACUUAGUUGUCAUUAAGGGCACGAAGAUGUGGAAUACGUCAGGCACUCAAGAAUAUACCCAGUUAGAUAUACUACAGAUGAUCGGUCGAGCAGGCCGCCCUCAGUUUGAGAAGAAUGGCUGCGCAGUAAUUCUGACUGAAUCUAAAAUGAAAGAUUCAUAUGAGAAGCUGCUACUGGGCACAGACGAAUUGGAGAGCGCCCUUCAUUUGGAGCUCAUCGAGCAUUUAGCCGCCGAAAUAUCCUUGGGUACAAUAUUCUCCAUUCAAACUGCGGUGAGUUGGUUGCGCAAGACAUACUUUUAUGUGCGUUCCAAGAAAAAACCUUCAGCAUAUUAUCAGUUCAACAUGGCGGUAAGGGACAACCUGGAUCAGGAUUCUCAAAUCACCCAUUUUGUACAGCACCUGUUGGACAGACUACUUGAGUUCGAGAUCAUCGAGCGACAAAAUGAUAAACUCAUUUGUACACCUUAUGGGAACGCAAUGGCUCGCCAUUAUGUAUUAUUCGACAGCAUGAAGCUAUUUCUUGGAGCGCACAAUAGCCAGGGUCCGGAUGAAAUCUUGAAUUUCUUAGCUAAUGCCAAAGAAUUCGCUGAUAUCCGUAUUCGACAAAAGGAGAAAAGGCUUUAUAAAGAGAUAAACGGUUCACCACUUUUGCGCUUUCCUUACCUCACUGACGGCAAGCAGAGCCGAAUUAUUGGUUCGCCUAGCCAAAAAAUAUCCUUACUCAUACAGUAUGAACUGGGUGGAUUGGAGUACCCUUCGUACAAUGGUGCCUUUGCCUUACACCAGACAAUGGUACAAGACAAGCUACUGGUGUUCCGACAUUGCUACCGGUUACUGAAAUGCAUGGUUGACAUUUUUGUUGAGAGAGAAGACGGCACAUCAUUGAAGAAUGCUCUAUUCCUUCUCAGAUCCGUAAGCGGCGUGUGUUGGGAAGAUUCAGUGAUGGUCCUACGCCAGCUGAAAUCCAUCGGAUUGAUCUCCGUCCGAAAACUCGUUCAAAGAGGCGUUCGGUGUCUGCAAGACAUGCGUAAACUUUCUGACCAACAAAUUGAAUCUUACUUGAGUCUUAAGGUGGGCAACGGAUCGAAAAUAAAACGCGACGUGAAUUCGCUACCACAGCUUGAAAUGGAAUGUACCCUGGAACAUUUGAAAGCCCAAAAAUCACAUGUCAUCGCAACGUUUAAAGUUCAGAUAAGUGCAAUCUUUACUUCAUCUGUGUGGCAUGGCCAGCAUUUAUCGGUUGAUGUAGAAGUCUCGAAGGCCUCGGGUGAGCUCUUAGAUUUCAGACGGAUAUCUUUGGCUUACCUAGCUUCACCACGAGUUUUCACAGUUGUCGCCGAUAUCAAAUCGAGUACUGAUAAUGUGGAGUUCAGUAUGAAUUGCUUGGAAGUUGCUGGACUAGGUGAGAGAACAAAAUUUUUCGCUGCCGAUCUCUUAUCGAAUUAUCCAGAAUCAUUAGUUGUCCCUGCUGUGAAAGGAAAUGUACAAUGUUUGCGGCAGCCGGAAGACAUGGAGAGCUCGCCGUCAUCGGAUGAUAGCAUUUUGGAGUAUUUAAGCACUCAGCGUGAUGAAGCCCAUAAAAUGGCGGUAAAAAACGAAAGUGACACAUCAGAACAUAGGAAAAUUCGAUCGAAUGGCAACUGCGAAUGUUAUCACUCCUGUAAAGAUAAAACGAGAUGUAGGCACCUUUGCUGCAAAGAAGGCAUACCAGGCAAUUGUUUGCGAGGCAAAAAUGGGGUUACCAAUUCGCAAUCAAUAGCAUCAGUAAGCUGUGAGAGAAAAGAUUCAGUAAAUCCCACCGCAAAUACUUCGCUACUGCCAGGGAGCUCGAUAAUUGUCGAAUCUAAACGCUGCCGAGUUCCACCAGAUUUGCUUCGCCAAGUCGCAGGCGAUCGCGAGAGCUGGUCCGAAUUGGAAGCUGUCAAUGCACGAAAUGACGAUGACCUUCCAUCUGUCUGUCUUCCAUACAACGCGGGGCGACCAGCUUCUGCUGCAUCUUCCAGUUCAGCUACGACUUCGAACACCGCAACUUCCGAGAAAGCAGAAGAAUUGAACUCGAGUGCUUAG